CAGGACGCCUCAGCUGCCAUGGCAACGGCGGCAGCUUGUUCCCGUAACUGAAGCUGAGUGCAGGUGGAGCAGCUGUUAGCACUGCUGGUCAUGUUAGUUAGCGGGUUUUCACCAUAUUAACCAGCUAGUUAACAACCUCAGCUUCUUCCGUGAUGACCGCGGAGUGACUUCUCGCGGUGUUUAGUCAGCGGUCAGCGCGCCAUGACCGUCCGCUUCAAGUGUCGGAGUGAAUAUCAGAAGAGCUACAGGGUGUCCCGGUCCAGAAGUGUGUCUCCUCAGCGCUGCGCUCCAUCUGCUGGUCUGCGCUCCGAUCAGAUGGGUAUCAGCAGAGAACCAGGUCUCCAGCGUCGGCGGAGGAUCGGAUCUGGUGGUCUUGCUCAGUCUUGCAGCUCUCUGCUGUGUCCACCAGAACCUCCUACACACAGAACAGCACCGCCUGCUGCCUCCAGAAGUCGCUCAGCUCACAGGAAGGAACCAAAACCUGCAACACCUCCUGGAGAGAGAGGAAACCCUGAAACUCCAGCAGGACCUCGACCUGCUGCAGACCCAGGACCUCCAGCAGGACCUCGACCUGCUGCAGAACCAGGACCUCCAGCAGGACCUCGACCUGCUGCAGAACCAGGACCUUCAGUAGGACCUCGACCAGCUGCAGACCCAGGACCUUCAGCAGGACCUCGACCAGCUGCAGACCCAGGACCUCCAGCAGGACCUCGACCAGCUGCAGAACCAGGACCUCCAGUAGAAGCAGGAGCUGCUUGGAAAUCUGUGAAGACCCACCCCUCCAACCCUGACAGCCAACCACAGCUCACCCGACCUGUGACAGCAGCACCUGAUGGACAGCAGCCCUCGGCCAAUGAGGUUGAGCAUGCUCUGCGAUGGAGGGCGGGGCUUAAGACUGGAGGUCAAAGGUCAGGAAGUCACAGGUCAGAAUACAACAGACAGUUCAGCUGGAAGAAACCUGCAGCUGCUGCUUCACCGAUGCUGAAGGCACAACAGCUGCUUCACUCCAGCAACAGAUCUGUGCCCCCCUUUAAGAAGAACCCUGUUCCCGUGGAAACAGAGUAUAGGCGGAGCUUCCAGGGUCUGGCACCGCCCACUGGGCCCCGUCUCCGGAAACACCUGGAACAUCAGAGGGUCCCACUGUUCCACACACACAUGACCAACAAAAACAGAAAAGAGGGGACAGAGAAGAAGCCCCUCCCCCCACCUGAUGCCCCCACACCUCAAAAAGACGAAGACACGCCCCCUCCUCCCCGUCCUCAGGUGCACAGAGGACACAGGAUGUUGACAGAGUAUGAGUCCAGCUUUCGUUCUCCUCUCAACAGGAUCUUGGAGGAAGGCGGAGCUGCAGACGGCGCCGUCCCUCAGGUGAAGGAGUUGAGGCAGCAGGCGUUGUUGUACCGCCAUCGAGCCUGGGGAGCUAACUUCUCCAGAGAUCACCUGAGCCAGCUGCAGUCCGAACACAACGCUCUGUGGGAGCCGACAGACAGCACGGACUCGGCUACCGACCCCCCGACCCCUCGCCUGACCUUUGACCUCCAUCACGAUCCAGACAGCCGCCACAGCAGCAGCACCUCCUCCCGCGUGGAGGCGCUGGACCUGGCCAGCCGCUCCAGUCAGUCCAGCAGGAAGUCGUCUGUUCUGGGAUCAGCGGAGACGAACAGAAACAUACAAACUAAAGCACACACAGCUGCAGGACCUCCUGCUGAGAGGAGAAGCGCCUGGACAGGAGAAGAAGAAGAAGAGAAUCCAGACGAGGAGGAAGGAAGGUUACCGACUCCGAGGCUGAAGCUGCUGCCCGUUCAGAGAACCCACCAUGACCUCACCACGCCUGCUGCAGGAGGCGCCAUACUCGUGGGAAAAGUGAAGAGUGGUGACGAAUCCUCUCCGUCCAAACAGAGGUCUGGCUCUGCUGUUGCCAUGGCAGCAGGGGCAGAGCCUGCAGUCGACGUGCCAGUCAAACGGAAAGAGGCGUGGUCCGAGAAUAACUCCACCCACCUAUCUCCCUCCCCCAAUCACAAGCCAGCCAACAGCAGUCCUGCCUCUAAACCAAUCAGGACCAAGCAAUCGCCUCCAUCCCCUGUAGCUCCGCCCCUCAUAGCUCCGCUCCCACACGGAAUCCAGGGCUCCCUGAGACACGCCGACUUCCAACACAACGGUGAGCUGGGUCUGAGGUUCAGGGAGCGUCAGUGUUCAGGUGGAGGCUGCGGCUCGGAUGAAGACGACCGGCUGUCUGUGAUGUCGUGGCGUUCAGCAGCUUCCUGCUCCAUGGCGUCCGCUGUGUUGGAGCGCGCUCAGAAGAGACGAGAGAACUUCUGGGUGAAGAGAUGAUCAGACUCUGCUGUCUGCAGAGCUUUAGGCGACCAAUCAUUGUUGUACAGUAAUAAUGUUGUUUUUUUAUAGGUUAAUUUAAAUAGUGAGAGUCGUUUUAUUUUUAUAGAUGAAUAAUUAUUAUAUAAUUAUAAUUAUGACUUUUACGGCGCAGUUUGUGAUAGAAGUUUUUAUAAAUGUAGUGAUCUUGUAUAUUUCACUGUGUGAUCGCUGACAUCAGAAUCAUAAAAGUGAAAGAAAAAAUCAA